GGUCUCCGGUUGGGUGGUUGAACUGGUGGAUCAGACUGGUGUUUGAUGUCAGCAUGAUUUAGCCCUUAAAAGUUAAUAAAUCCUCAAAUAAAACACAGGGGGCAGCGGCUGCUUCAUCUUCUUCUUCCUCCUCAUAACCAACUCUGGGUGAAAUGACUCCCCCGGUUUUGAGACUCUCCUGGCCAUGCUCACCGGUCGGGUUUCGUCUAACCGGCCGGGCCGAAAACAAUGAUUAUCAGGACUCAAAUUUCCUUUGUUAUUUCUCCCUUCUUAAAGAGUGGAGGGCUCAUGGGCUUCAGUUUUCUAACUGUCAAACAGCGUCCUACGUCACUAUACCGGUCGAACAAGCAGCCCAGUGGCACAUUCGUUAUUUCUGUGUAAAAUAGAUGUCAAAUGUAGUCAUAACUUUAACUUCCUUUGCCACUUCUCAGACAUGCGCCGAAGGUAGUUGGUACGGCUUUCGUGAACAGAUUGUUUUGCAUUUGGACAAAAGUACCCCUCACAAUUAAGUCAAUGACAGCAAAUCAGAACUCAAGAAGGAGAAUUUUUGAACAGGUUUGAUAGGGGUAAUCUGGUAACUGAAUCGUCAGUAAUAAAUAAAUUGUCUGAUGGCUUUUAUUGGAAUUUGGAACGCCUGAAAGAGACCAAAGCAACCUUCCAUUUCUGCUCUCUUUGUCUUUGAAAACACCAUCAACAAAGAGUUGAUAAGGAGCUUGCAUGUCUACCGAUUGAAAGACGGAAAAGAGAAACAGGUCGAGAGAGAGUUUUUGUUCAAGAAAAGAGGUUCGUAUGUUGAAAUGGCUGCCACCCCACUUCUUAGAUUGCGAGGAUUUCAAGUUUCUGAGCUGUUUGAAGGCCGAGUCAUUGGUUUGUGGCUCUGUCUUUUCGCAUUUCAUGCUGAUUCUUCUCCUACUUCGAUUAACAUUCCUCCUGUACUAUUAAUUUCAAGAAAUUCGAAGCUUAAGUCAAUUCCAAAGCUGGCCAAUGAUCUCCAAAUAAUUUUUCAAUUGAGCAGCAGAACAGGAGAUCUGGAGUUGUCACAGUUUACAGAGCAGGCAAUGGAUGAAACAAACCAAGAGCAUUGCCAUCUGUCUCAGAGAAGUACCCAUGAGUUUGAUCAGGAUCUUAAUUCUCUUCCUAAUUCAGCAACAACCAGCGAAUAUUCUGGGAGUCAAGAAACUGAAGAAUGUGCAUCAGUUUCAGGUAUUGUGGUGAAGAAGAAAAGGGCAGCCUCUGAAGAUAUUGCUAGAAUUGCUUUGGAAGAUCUCGUUAAAUACUUCGAUCUUCCAAUUCUAGAAGCUUCGAGAAACUUGAAAGUUGGCCUCACGGUUUUAAAGAAGAAGUGCAGAGAAUUUGGUAUUCCCCGUUGGCCACAUAGGAAGAUCAAAUCCCUUGAUGGUCUAAUUAAUGAGCUCCAGGAGGCGGGACGACAUCAGCAAGAGGAUCAGGCUGCAGCCACGGCAGUUGCAAAGAGGCGGCAAAUGUUGGAGGAAGAAAAGGAAAGCAUAGAGAGGAAACCCUUCAUGGAGAUACAAAGUGAAACCAAGAAAUUCAGGCAAGACAUUUUCAAGAGAAGGCACAAAGCUAGACUUCUAAAAAAGCAGGACUAGUCGCAGUCUCUCUCAGUCAACAUUAACUGUGAAAAGACGUAGAUUAGAGGAUGAAGAACUUGUCAUUUUUAGGACAUGUAUGAUCACCAAACUUUCCCAUAUGUACAAAUCUUCACCUAUUGGUAAAUUAUAUGGCUUGUAUCGCGCUUCUAGCUGGAUUUUUGGAAUUGUUCUCUGAGUUGAUUCCAUAUCAAUGAGAUUAUAUGUUUUAGAGCCCCAUAUACUUCAAUUUUAGUCAUCAA